CUUGUUUUGUUCUUUAUCUCUUUGAAAGCGUUUUCGACGUUUAUCAUUGCAGUGAAGCUGAUCACUCAUCAUCGACGUGUUUGUUCGUGCCUUCUCAGGAGACAAACUACCAUGUCAGCUCCGAGCAGACGAAGUGGCGCAGCCUCAGCCCAAGCAGGAGGCCGCUUCUUGGGAGAUAGAAACCACAACUUCUCCCCGAGUGAACAGGUGCAGGGACGAGUAGGAACACCUUCACCGUGCGGCGUAUCACGAGGGCAAUCCUGGAGGAAGAUGACAUCACGGCCCCCGAAGAUAUUAAGCAGUGCAGACGAGGCUGCUGAAAAGCUUGAUAUUAAUGUUACAAAACGCGAUGCUGCUGGGGGCAACGACACUGAAAAUCGGUUUUUUCCUUUUCCUUCUACAAGAUGGUCAACAUCUGCGACCGCUCGAUCACGACCUCGUCUACGUUGUUCAGCACUGUGGGAGUCAUCGGACACUUUCAUACGUGUUUUCACGUACUAG